AUGCCCGGCAUGAGCGAACUACAACUGAACAUCAUCCGGGACUUCACCUCGACCCGCGAUACUUUGGUUGCUGAGCUUGAGAAGUUUUCUGGAGGCGAUACCAAUGGCAGAGUGGUUGUUCGGGUCCAGUCGUUCUUGUUUCGAAUUAAGAACACCUUGGCAAUGUGGGCCAGGCUUCGUUGGAACUUGAAGAACGAGGGCCGGUGUUUCGAAGACCGCUGCAUCAAUCUCAUGGUGUUGGCAGAUGAGAUGGCUCAAGACUUCCCUCACUGUGUUACCACUGUCAUCGACGAGAAGGGUGUCAUCGAGAUCCAGGAUCUUGUUAUGCGGAAGAGUUUUGAUAUGUUGGCAAUGCAGCUUGGAAGUUUAACUUUGUGGGGCUGCAGCAACAUUGACACCGCGGCUGUUGAGAAUGCUUGUAUGGCAGAGAAAGAGCAGCGCCGAUGGGAACAAAAGCCAGUCUCGGAAGACGAUGAAUGCAGCAAGUCUCUUCGAAACAUGUGGUUCCGGAUGUACUACAAGGACAUGGACUGCGACUGCCACCAGUGCCUGGACUUGUACCUUCCGCUCCGCUCCCCCACACCCUCUCCUACACUCCCCCGAUGUCCAUGUCCAACAUUGAUGGCGAUUCCCUGCCCAGCUUGUUGGAGGAACUAUCAGACUUAA